AUGACAACUUCUGUGGGUUCCAACACCUACAAGAGGCAGAACUGGGAAGAUGUACAUUUCCCCAUUCUGUGCCAGAUGUGUCUUGGAGAAAACCCAUAUACUAGUAGCCGAAUCACCAAAGAAAAGUACCAGAAGAAAUACAAAAUCUGUGCCAGGCCAUUCAGUGUUUUGCUGGUGCCCCAGAGCCCGCAUGUGUUUCAAGAAGACUAA